AUGUCACAAUAUUGUUGUAGUACUGAAGAUAUAAAAAUAAUUGAUUUUGGUGAAGUUGAAAUGGGUAAAACGGUUGUCAAAUCAAUUGAGAUAUAUAAUGAAAGUUGUAAAGAACAGAUUUAUGAAGCACGAAGAGAUCCUGUAACUAAUCCUAUGGAUCAUGUUUUUAAUUUGAAAACGUAUACUUGGACUUUGUUGCAAGAACAAUGUUUUUCUUGCGAAAUACAAUAUCGACCCCUUGUACCAUCUUCUAGAAAUAUUGUUCGUGGAACUUGUAUUGGUCCUGCACUUUCAUCAUCAAAAAAUAAAAUUGUAUUAAAGUGCUCAAGCAAAUGUACACGAGUAAAAAAACAAAUAAAGCUUUGGAAUCAUUCGAAAGUAAAAGCUUCAUUUAUAUUCGACAUUGAUAUAAAACACAAAUAUUUUAAAUUAGAUAUCAUAGAGGGUGUAAUUAAUCCUGGUGAUUACAAAUACAUAACGAUCACUUUUACACCGAUUAAAGAAGGAAUUUAUGUGUACCAUUUACCAUGUUUAAUAUUGUAUCAGGAUCCAAUUAUGAUUAAAUUAUAUGGAUUUUGUACAUCAGUUUAUAAAGAAAUCAACAUUACAUCAAACUUGGAUGAAUUUAAUUCACAACCAUUAAAUGGUUUUGAGGAAUAUAUGAACGAUAGUAUUAAUAUAAAGAAAGGAAAUUUAGGAUUGGUAUCUGUGUCUAACAAUUAUUUCGAUUUUGAUCAGAUUGAUAUAAAAAAUAAAAUAAAUAGAAGUCACCAAACUGUUUGUUUUACAAAUCAUAGCUACAUGAAUUUAUUACUCAGGUGGGAUCAAGAUGAUACAGGAGUCUUUAAAAUAGAGCCAUGUACAGCAAAAAUAUAUCCAAACAAUUCUGCUUUGUUUGAAAUCAUUUUUCAACCUAAUGAGGAAAACAAUUUAUAUACGAAGCAAUUUAUUGGGUAUUUUUUUGAUGAUGACUUUAACAAUGAAGAUGAACUUUUUACGGUUCCUUUCUUUACAUGUUUACGAGUAAUAGGACAUUCUUUUCCUGCUAGUUCUGCAGGAUGGAUUCCUCAGUAUGAAUUACCAUCAACUAUUAUACUACCACCAUGUAUUCCACCGCUAUCAGUUUAUACGACAUUUGUAAUAAAAAAAUUUGGCCAUUUGCCUUUAAUGUUUCGGUUUUUGCCUCCAGUGGAUAGCCACUUCAUAGUAAAACCAAUGUUAGGAAUUAUUUAUGGGAAUUAUCAGGUGGUGGUAGUUCAAAUAUGUCCUGAAAUGACAGGAGAGCAUUUAUAUAUGGAACAAUGGGCAAUAUGUUUUAAUGGAAAGAACAAAGAUUAUAUUAGUUUUAAAGGAUAUGCUGAAUACGCAAAUAUUAGUUUUAAUAAUAGUACAAUAACAUUUGCUACAGUAAAUUUAGAUACCCAAAAAAAAGAAUCAAUAUUUAUGAGAAAUAUUACUCGUCACACUAUAAUGUAUCAGUUUUUGAAUGUGCCAUCACAAUUGAUCGUUCCAUAUUCAAAGGGCCAGAUUUAUGCUAACGAUAUCCUCUCUCAAGAAUGGAUAUUUCAUCCUAAAAAAUGUGGCGAAUAUAAUUUUGAUAUUAAAUGUAUUCUGAUGAUCGUACAAAACGGUGUACUUGUUGGAACAGAAGUUUGCAUGACAUUGCACAUUACUGGGAAAUGCGAAGCUGGUUUACUUGUGGCAGUACCUAAUGAAUUAGAUUUUGAUAUACAAUCAUAUGGGAACGAAAAAAUGAAGAGUUUCUAUCUUUAUAACUUUAGUCUCGUGAAUAUACCUUUCAAAAUAUGUUAUCAUCGUUCUUGGCCAAUUGGAUCUAUCAAAUGUGAUGUAAAAAUAUUUCCACUCUCUGAAACCAUUCUUCCAGGAAAAUCAGAAAAAAUCACUGUGUCUAUUACUCCAUACACACCUGGAUUUUACGAAAUUGUAAUAGAAUAUUUGGUAAGAAUUAAUUCUUGGACGGAUGAUAUCAGUUAUAUGCAAUUACCUCGACAAAUAUGCAAAGUUUAUUGUAAAUGUGAAUUACCAACUUUAAAGAUUGAAGACAUACACUUUUAUGGAACUUGUCCGUCAAUAAGCAAAGUUAUGUUAUGGAAAAUAAUAGAAGUAAAUAAAUUCAAUAUUGUUUUGAAAAAUAUAUUGCCUUAUGAAGAAGAAUCACGAUACAUAUAUUUUCCACCAAUGAUAUUAAAUGAAAAUCCAAUACGUUUAAAAUUAUAUAUUUCUAAUCCUACGUCAGUAAAUGCUACAUGGGAUAUUAAAAGAAGGAAUUUAUGUUCCUGUAAACCAAUAAGUAAAUCACGCGGUAUCUCAUUUCGAUAUGUAGACUUCAAUUGCAUUCACAAGAAAGUAUGUUCUAUUUAUCCACGAUCGGGAUUUUUAAAGCCCAAAGAAAUAGUUGCGAUUGAAAUAGAACUACGAUAUAUAUUAUUAGGAAAAACUCAAGUAAAAUGGGAUUUAAAUAUUGGACAUGAACGUCAUAUUAUUUUAUACAUUCAAGUGAAUUCUUUAUCCGGAUCUGAAAAAAGACUUCAUUUUUUUUACAAACCAGUUGUAAAAUUGGAGAAUGCUUAUUUUGGUGAUAAAAAAGCUCAACAUCGGAUAUGUUGGAUUUAUAAUUAUACAAACAAUUAUUUACCUUAUACCCUGGAUAUUACUAAUUUAAAUAAAAUAAAUCAAAUCUGUCGUUCAGAAAUACUCGCAUGUUUGAAUCCAGAUGGUAUUGCGCAGCCACGAUCCGUUACACCUCUUAUUUUAAAAUUUCAUCUUAAACAAUUUAAAGAGAUUGAAGUAUCAACAUAUCUGAUUGUUUUGAUAUUGUUCUUUAAAAUACGCGUAGUAUAUCUUCCUAUUACUCUUGGUGACAAACAAACGGAGUUAAUAAUUUACUGUGAACCUUCCAUUGUAUAUCCACUUAAAAUGACUAAAAGAAUUCUACCUAAUUUAAACGCUUUCAAAUGCAAAGAAUUUCCAGUAUAUUUUUCAACUGAUUAUAUUCAACUAUCCACAAGUAUGCAUAACCAUGUUGUUAAAAUGAUUAUGAUGUAUAAUAAUACAACAAGUGAUAGAUUCGCUUACACGUGGAAAAAUGAAAGUGUAUCAGAGUUAUGUGAUAUAAAAGUUUAUCCAACAGAAGGUAUGAUACAACCGAAAAAGCUUCAAAGUGUUCGCGUAAUAAUUAUUACGAAAGGUGUUAACUGUCAAGUAGAUGUUAAUAUAACUUGCGAAUUUCUUAACAUCACUCAAAGACGAAAUCUUCAAAGAAAAAUUUAUAAAUACAAUGAUAUAUGCGAUCAAUUUAAAUCAGAAUUUAUUUUGACUGAAAAAGGUGAACAUUUUCCGAAAUUACCACCCAAACCAGAAGGAAAGCUUGAAAUAUGUUGCAAAACAUUGUUCAUACUUUGUAAUAUUUACAGUCCAGAAGAUAUUUUUUUAAGGACUACGUUAAAAGAAGAAUUGAAAAUGACUCCAACGGAAGAACUUCAAAUAGAACAAAAUAAAAAAUUUGUUCACAGUCAUGAACACAAUAAAAUGAUGCUGUUUAUUUUAGAAGGAAUGAUAUGGGAUAUUCUUAACAGUAGACUAUUUAAAUACACGAUUCAAAAACAUGUGCUAAAUGGACCGCAUUUGUAUUAUACUCAAUUUUUAACUAAUUCGUUAGAUCGUGAAAAAGUAAUAACUAAAUCGUACAUAGCAACACCACGAAAGUUGAUUGCAUCUAUUUUAGAAAAGAUGUUGUUUCUUAUAAUUCACGAAGAAUUUCAAUUGGAAACAGCACACUUAUUUAAAGAAAAAGAUAUCAGACAUAUAAAUAAUGUAAAAAUAUUACCCACAUUAAAAGUGCGCGAAGAAGAUGAAGGGGAUAGCUUUUAUGAUAACUUAAAGCAUCAUUCCACAGAACUUAGAAUUUCUUACAUAGAUUAAUUAAUCUCACUUUUGUUUAGGUUUUAAUAUAAAUAAAAAA